ACCUCUCCCUCCUCCCGUUUUCACAAACUCCACGAUAGCUGAAAUCGUUUCCAUACUCAACCGCUACUCUCUCACCACCAAAAAGAAAAAACGGCAAUCAAAUCCUUCCGCUUUCGAAUUUGGUUUUCCUCACAACAAAACUAAAAUGUCACUCCUCUUCCCUUCUCCACCAAUCCCAGGCUCAGCUUCCCUCCAAAAUCCAUUCCACGCGCCACCACACGCCUCGCUGCUCGCGGUGGCGACUUCAUCGACACUUUCACUGAGAAAUCAGGAUACGUUUUUGAUCUGAGUGCUUCCGAGGCCGACUUGUUGACUGAUUACAGCGUUUCCAGGAUAACCUCAAUUUACAAGAGGAAGCCUCUGAUUCUGCUGCGCCGCCUUCUCCAAAUCGGUCUGACUUUCGGGAAAUGGUUCGGCGAUCGGUACGUCGAUACUGUCAUGGAUCGCUCCGGUCAGAUGUUCGAGCUGCGGAGCUUCGGAAAAUAUUGGUAGAACUUGGUCCGGCAUACGUUAAAAUUGCUCAAGCUGUUUCCUCUAGACCUGAUUUGAUACCACCAUCAUACUUGGAUGAGCUUUCGUUGUUGCAAGACCGAAUAACUCCAUUUUCAACUGAAGUUGCAUUGAAUACCAUCGAACAAGAGCUUGGAUUACCAAUAGAUCAGCUUUUCUCAGAGAUUUCGCCAGAGCCAAUUGCAGCAGCAUCCCUUGGUCAGGUCUAUCAAGCCAGGCUUCGUCGCAGUGGUCAAGUUGUUGCUGUCAAAGUACAGAGGCCUGGAGUUAGGGCUGCAAUUUCCUUAGACAUAUUGAUCUUGCGCUUUCUAGCAGGGUUGAUUAAGAGAGCUGGUAAAUUUAAUACUGAUCUUCAGGCGGUUCUUGAUGAGUGGGCAUCAAGUCUUUUCCGGGAGAUGGAUUAUAGGAAAGAAGCAAAAAAUGGACUGACAUUAUUACAGUGGAAGGACUUAAUUGAUUAAUCUCCUUGGCUGUUGAUAGAGGUCAGUUCCAGGGAGUGGAGGUUGGAAGUAACAGUGUUUGCUUCUCACAUAAUCAGUUUGCUAAAGAUACAAUGUUGUUCAGGCAUGCAUCAGAAUGCAACAAUUGGGCAGCAAAAUGUAUAUUGAGAACUUUCGAGUAAGUCCCGAGAUUGAAGAUAAAUUAUGAAAAAAGCCAUCUUAUGGGAGUGCAUGUCCAAGACGAGUGGAAAUUGAAUAUAGGGCUGAUGUAUGU